GGGAGCCUUCUCAUUUCAUGCAAAGCAUAAAUAAAUAAAAAAAAUGGAGGAAGAAUGGCUGAAACGUAACACCGAUUGUGUUUAUUUCUUAGCCUCUCCUCUCACUUGCAAGAAGGGUAUUGAUUGUGAGUACCGGCAUAGUGAAAAUGCCAGGCUCAACCCGAGGGACUGCUGGUACUGGUUGGCUGGGAAUUGUAUUAAUCCAGCUUGUGGUUUUCGGCAUCCUCCAUUGGAUGGAGUGUCAUCUGAAUCUGCUGCAUUGCCAUACCAAUGUUCUGCACCAUCAAACAAGACAAAUUUGCCUUGUUACUUUUACUUCAAUGGUUUCUGCAAUAAAGGUGACAGAUGCUCUUUUCUGCAUGGUCCUGAUGACAGUGCCGUUACUGGAAAAUCUUUGAAGACUGAUGUUCUACCCUUGGACUAUAAGACAUCCCGAGAAAUUGAUGCUGGAGCAGCUCCGACAGAAACACAUCCCAAUCCAUCGAAAACAGCCUCAAUAUCUAGCAAGGACAUGGAUGCACAGCUUAAAGUGGACCACCAACAAUCAGUCCCCAAAACUAUGAUACAGAAGAGUGUCUUUCCAAAAACGUCUGUUUCUGAAUUAGGACAAGCUGAUUUUGUUAAGUCACAAUCCUUGCUUCUAAAAAAAGGCAUUACUCAAAGCAGAUCUCCAACAUGCACGGAUGAAAGUUCAGAGGAGCAAAUGGAUGACCAAGUUGAGCCAGAGGAGUGGUUGGAGUCCUCCCCAGGUUUUGAUGUUCUUGUGGAUAACAAAUCAGAGGAUUUGGAUUAUGAGAAUGAUUCAGAAUAUCUACUGGGCCCUGAUGGAGAGCAGAGAGAGCACUUCUUGAGUUAUGAUUAUGAAGAUUCCGUUCAGCAUGAGACUAGUUACCCCAAUUUAGAAUUUUCGAAUGAUCUAGAUGUCUAUGAUGCUUAUGAGGGUUCAGACAACGAGUAUAUUUUUGAUAAUGUGAGGAAUCCUUCUGCCCACCCCAGAGAUAGAAGGUUGGAUUCCAUAUUUUUCGAGAAGAGAAAAAGACUGUUGCCUGUUGAACUGUCAAUUGGUAAACAGAUUGGUAUGGAUCUUAGAGACUAUUUGAGGAAACGCAGGGUAGUCAAGGGCAAUCCUCUUAAUUGUUUGUCAAGAAGAUCUGAAUAUUCUCAUCUGAUUGGUCAAAGUUGGGAAAGGCCUCCAAGGCAUAGCAUGGAUUGGAAAUUAAGGAGAAGAUAGGCAUCAAAAGUGGGGAAGCACUCUAUAGAAUCAAUGGGAGACCAAGGUUGUUUUCACAAUGGUGCCAACUGGCAUGGCUGGCUUAAGCGCUUGGAGCCUAAUCUCUCCAACAGGCGGCCUUAUAGGGAAAAAAGGCUGCCUAGAAGAAAGUCUGUUUCAUCUGAAGUUUCUAGAAAUCUAAUUUCAAGGGAGAGGAAAUCCACAGAUGCAUCUACUGCUUUUACAGGUCCCAAGACCCUUGCCCAGAUUAGAGAAGAGAAGAGGAAAACUGAUGAAAAUGGUGGGAAAAUGAGGCAUUCAGGCAGAACUGCAUCAGCAGACUUCCAGUGUCCAAAAUCAUUGAGUGAAAUCCUCAAGGACAAGGGGAGGCUAGAUACUGUAAGAGAUGGACAUACUAGGGAAGAAAUUUUUGAAGUUGACGGGAAUUAUGUCCCAUAGCUUUAUCCUUUUUUACAAAAAAAAAGAAAAAGAAAAAGAAAAGAAGGAACCUUUAAAUUUUGCUUUAGAUAAAACCUCUAGG